AUGCCCUUGCCCGUGCCCGUCGACGACCCGGCCUCGCAGAGGCUGUCGCUGGACUGUCGUACGCUUCUCGACCACCGUGUUGGAAAGGGGGUGUGCGGUUGUUGCGGGGCUCUCCGGCCUCGCUACAAGAGGCUGGUGGACAACAUCUUCCCGGAAGACCCGGAGGAUGGGCUUGUGAAGGCCAAUAUGGAGAAACUGACUUUCUACGCCCUGUCGGCUCCGGAGAAGCUGGACCGUAUCGGGGCGUACCUGUCGGAGCGCUUGUCAAGGGACGUGGCACGGCACAGAUAUGGUUACGUUUGCAUUGCUAUGGAAGCGUUGGACCAGCUGUUAAUGGCCUGCCACUGCCAGAGCAUCAACCUGUUCGUGGAGAGCUUCCUCAAGAUGGUUCGCAAGCUGCUGGAAUCUGACAAACCCAGUUUGCAGAUCCUAGGAACCAACUCUUUUGUCAAGUUUGCCAACAUUGAGGAGGACACGCCGUCCUACCACCGCAGUUACGACUUCUUCGUGUCGCGCUUCAGUGAGAUGUGCCACUCGGGUUACGAGGACCCCGACAUCCGCACAAAGAUCCGGAUGGCUGGCAUCAAAGGUCUUCAGGGCGUCGUGAGAAAGACUGUGAACGACGAGCUUCAAGCUAACAUCUGGGACCCUCAGCACAUGGACAAGAUCGUGCCGUCGCUGCUGUUUAACUUGCAGAGUAGCGAGCGUGCAGAGAGUCGGUCCCCCUCUCCACUGCAGGCAUCAGACAAGGAGAAAGAGAGCCCCGUGGAGCUGACGGAGCGCUGCUUCAGGGAACUGCUGGGCCGAGCCGCCUAUGGAAACAUUAAGAACGCUGUCACUCCAGUGCUCAUGCACCUCGACAAUCACUCUCUAUGGCAGGGAAAGAGCUUUGCUGUGCGGUGCUUUAAAAUCAUCAUGUAUUCAAUUCAGUCUCAGCACUCCCACUUGGUCAUCCAGCAACUUCUCGGUCAUCUGGACGCCAACAGCAAAAACUCUGCCACAAUCCGAGCUGGAAUAGUUGAAGUUUUGCUAGAAGCGGCAGCCAUCGCGGCCAGCGGCUCCGUAGGUCCCACCGUGCUAGAAGUGUUCAACACGUUACUCCGCCAGCUCCGUCUCAGCGUCGACUACGAGCUAACCGGCUCCUACGACGGCAGCACCAACAUCGGCACCAAGAUUAUCAAAGCUCACGAGGAACGGCAGCUGCAAGAAGCCGUCAUUCGAACCAUCGGUUCAUUUGCAAACACUUUACCGACCUAUCAGAGGUCUGAAGUCAUGCUCUUCAUUAUGGGAAAGAUUCCCGUUCCUGGUGUUCACCCAUUGCUACCUUCUUCAGGUUCCGGGCCUGAGGGUACCAGGAUGAUUCAGGUUAUGCUACUAAAGUCCUUAGUACAGGUGACGGCAGGUUUCCAGACCACCAACAUGCUAACAGCUCUUCCUAGCUCCUUCCUGGAGCCUCUACUCUCCUUCUCCCUAACCGAAAACCCUGAAGUUCGGCUUUUGGUGCUCCAAAUCCUGCUCAGUCUCAUCGACAGGCAUGAAAACCGGCCUAAAUUCUCCAACAUAAGCAUUAUCACUGACAUUUCCGUGCUGAAACUCAAAGUGGACAAGUGCUCCAGACAGGACAACCUGUUCAUGAAAAAGCAUGGACAGCAGUUGUAUCGACACAUCUACUUGGGAUGUAAAGAGCAGAGCAGCAGCCGUGAACACUACGAGAGUCUCUUCGCUCUGCUUGGUCUUCUCAGCGUGGAACUCGCCAAUGAAGAAGUGGUCGUAGACCUUAUUCGCUUGGCGCUAGCGCUGCAGGACCUGGCUCUGUGUACUGAUGAAGCGCUCCCCGUUUACAACCGUUGUGCAGUUCAUGCGCUUGCUGCCGCUUACCUCAACCUCAUCUGCCAGCUUACUACUGUUCCUGCCUUCUGCCAACACAUACACGAGGUGAUUGAAGUGAGACAGAAAGAAACUCCUUACCUGUUGCCCGAGGACGUCUUUAUCGACGUGCCCAAGCUCCCAUCCUCGCUCGACAAGGUAGAAGGCGACGUGUUGUUCCUCCAGUCCAAGAUCACGGAAGUCCUCGGAGGCAGCGGUUAUAACACGGAUCGACUGGUGACCCCCUAUGUCCCUCAGUACACCGACGAGGACCGUCUCUCGAAGAGAAAGAGCAUCGGGGAGACGAUCUCACUCCAAGUCGAAGUUGAAUCUCGGAACAGUCCGGAGAAAGAAGAGCGGACCCCAGCUGAGGAGAUCACCUUCGAAACACUCAAAAACGCUAUCGUGGACAGCGUAGGCAUGGAGGAGCAGGAGAGGGAGCGUAGGAGGCAAGUGGUGGAAAAGUUCCAGAAAGCUCCCUUCGAGGAGAUCGCUGCCCACUGCGGCGCUCGGGCCACCCUGCUGCAAAGCAAACUCAACCAGAUCUUUGAGAUUACAAUCAGGCCGCCGCCCAGCCCGUCAGGAACCAUUUCGUCCGGGUAUGGCCAGAACCAGACCCGCUCUGUCCCCAUCUACGAGAUGAAGUUUCCCGACUUGUGCGUGUAUUGA